AGCCCACAUAAACUAUAAUUAGUACCAACAAACGAAAAACCAACCCCUUAUUUAUGACAUGAAAAAGUGAAAACAACAAAUACCGUUCUAAAUUUCCCCACGUGCGUGAGUGUAAUUUUGUCUACCAGCCUUGACAGGAAAGUGCGUUGUGGGAACAUAACCUCACUUCUCCAAGUGUCCAAGAAAAAACGUGUUUCUUCCACUAACGUUAAUUUAAAAUAGUUUCAAAAGUAGUGUUGAAGUUUGUUUUUGUGGUGUAAAAGACAAGUGUGGCCAGCUUCAAAGUAACGUAAAAGUAAGAGCCAAUGCCCCUGACAUCUACACCUAAGAAACAAUCAACUGUAACAAAUUCGGGUCUUUGUAACCACACACCGGUGUCUGAAUCCGUGGAACAAAAUUCAGAAGCUGACAAAACCGGCGCAAGUGAAACUUUUACCGAAGAUAAACCAAUAAACUUAGACACAAAUUCAAUUCCACGGUGUUCAACGUGCCAGAAAAAUCUUGAAGUUCUUAAAUUUGUAGAAAACACAAGUGAAAUAAAUGGAUGCUAUACACCACCAGAGGAGUUUACCGAUCCGAUGUUAUUAAGUAGGAUGAGACAAAAACUGUUCGAAGCAAUGCAUUGUCGUGACGACAGUAUGGAAGAAAAGAAGCCUUUUAGUCCUUUAGCAAAUUUUAUAGUCGCAAAAUUAACAAAAGAAAAAAUAUCUAACUGUGAAGCUUGCGGUUCUAGCAAAAACAGUGAAAACAGUAUAGGUGGCGCUAGUAACGGUGACGAAGAAAGUAUGACACCUGUCAAAAGAAACAAUGUCAAUGGAGGUGAAUCAGAGGAGGCGAGGAAAAAAGACAUAAAACGUAAGAUUGACGCGUUGCUAGUGGACAUUGAAAGUUCGUCUGAAAGUGAAGAUGAAUUUGAGGAGAAUCAAUUCAUUGACGGAAUGGCUGAAGAAGGAGAAGAAGAUACUCCGUCAGAAGGAAGUAAUGACAUUGUUGAAGUUGGCGAAGAAAUCAACACAACAGAAUCAGAAAUCAGUGAUGAUGAAUCAUAUGAGAACGAUUCGUUUAUUGAUGAUGAUGAAGAAAAGAACGUACUUCUCUCAGGUGACGAAUAUGAUCUGUCAAUAGAAGAACGUCAAGAAAGAGUGGAAGAACCUAGGCAAAGGAGACGCAUCAUCCAGUUGAGUAGUGGCAGUGAUGACGAAAUAGUAAAAAUACCGAAGAAGGAGAAAGUUGUCAAGAAACGGAAGAAAUCGAGGAUAAUCCGGUUUGUGGAUUCAAGUGAUGAGGAGAAGAAUCAGCUUUCUGGUGCUGAGAAAAAUGACAACCUGAUUGCGCCUUUAGAAGAACAUAAAAAUACCAACGAAUCAAACAGCUUGGAGACAAAGGAUCUGGGUGUAGAUUUCUUGGUUGAAGCAGAGAACACGGAUAAGAAACGAAGUGAAAGUUCUGAUUUAGAAGAAAAUAAAAAUUGUGGUGAGACACAAAUUGAAGAAAGUGAUGAAAAUGUUGCGAACGCGGAAGCUGGUCCACAAAAUACCGAUGAUAGUGGCCAAAUUUCUGACUUAAGUAAUACAAAAUCAGAGAGUUGUAACGAACAUGUGAAUCUUGGUCAAAGUCUAGACGAGCGAAGAGAUACAGAGAUUUCUGAAAACAAAUGUCUUUCGUCGGAUUCUAUGGAAGCGUCCUCUCAUCAAGUGGAAUCACCUAAGGAAGAAAACACAAAUAAGAAGAUAGUAAUUUUGGAGAAUAUAAAAAUUUCGGAUGUUGACGUCAGAAAUUUAGGUUUAGAAGUUCAUAAAAUUUUGACCGCUAAAAUAAAAACUACAGAGGACCAAGACACAACAAAUAACUGUAACUCGGUUAUUACCGAGUGUCCAAAAUCAGUAGCAACCAAAGGCAGAAAAAAACGUAAAAGACGAAACCAUCAAAAAAAUAUAACGGAAACGUCUACUGACUGGACUGAGAAAAUUUCGCCAACUAAAACGUCAAAAGCUGCGACUUCUAGUCCAUUUAAAAACUAUUUUAAUGGUAGCAAAAAAUUAAAAAGAAAACGACUGGAUUGCAAUAGUACAGUUAGUGAAGAACCUAUCCGAAAAAAAAGAAAGAAGAACAAAUCGAAAACUAAGAAACAAGAAAAAGUUGCUGUUGAUGCGCCUGCGCAUACUUUGGAAGACGCCGUUCUGCAAGAAAACGAGGUUGGAAUGCGUUUGUUUGAUUACAGUAAAGUGAAUGAAGAGUGGAAAGUUGCCACACGGACUUUUAAGCCUUCGAAAAUUAGUGAAAAAAGUAGUCCGGAGAAGAAAAAAACGAAAGGAAAUAAUGUAAAUGUAAGUCCGAACGGUAGCAAGUUCUAUAAGAACGAUUUUCGAAACUCGAUAUUAUAUAAUAAUAGAACCGUUAAGGGGAAGAGGUUUUUAUUGAAGAAGUGAAUGUAUUUUUAUGAAACUUGAUUUAUUGUAUACUAAAUAAAUAAUUUAUGAAG